AAAGAAAGACCACAUGUCGUUGAGAAAGCGUGGCAAUUACAAAAUUGUUCUCAUCCAUUUAGAUGCCACUGCUGUUCUACUGGGCUCUCAUAGUUUCUGCCUCUAAACCCUUUCCUUUUGAUUAGGGUUUUAAAAUUUCUCGUCUAAGGAAUAAGGAGUAGUAGUAGACAAAAUAGCUAUGAUUCGUUUCUUAUCGAGAGCAGCGACCACCGUUGCUCGAACAGCCUGGUUGCAACCAAUCUCCAAUAGACGCUCCCUGUUUGCUCCGUCAUCAACAUCAACACUGAGAUUGUUUCAUGAGAAAAUCAACGGUCCAAAUGCAAGCCCAGUUGCUCUUCAGAUGAUCGACUACGCUCUCUCUCUUCCCAAAUCUCAGAAAUCAGAUGAAUCUUUCGCGCAAGCUAUGCUGGUACUUGAGCAGUGCCUUUCUUCUCAGUCAAGCGAAGGACAAGAUAUUGUGACCCAAAAUUCAAAGGGGAUGGUCCUACUUGCUAUGUCUAACUUAUUAUUUGGAAGAGAAAAUUAUGAUGAAGCAAUGGAGAAGCUGCAGAAAAUUCAAGAUUUAGCUCACUCUUCUUUGGGUGUUAAAGUUGCUGCCAUCGAAGCUCUUGUGGGACUCAAUUUAGAACUGGGGAAUGAUGAUACUUCAUCAGUGCUCGCAGAUAAAUGCUUAGAACUCUUGGGAAAAGAUGAACAUAAAAGGACUGUUGGAGAAUUUGUGGUUGCAGAUGCUCGUGCUAAAGCGGUUAAAGGACUAGUUGAGCUUGUUUGUGGCAAUCUUGGAUCAGCUGAGUCAUUAUUCCAAGGAUUUCAUGACAGUGAGGGUUAUGUUGGAAAUGCUGCUUUAUCAUACGGAGAGUUCUUGCAUGCCACAAGGAACUUCUCAUUGGCAAAGGAUGUGUAUCACAAAGUUAUUAAUGAGGUGGCUGAAAACAAAGACUUUUCUGGCAUGCAUACCUUAGCAUCUUGUAAUAUGGCAUCAGAGGAAGUUCUGUUGGCAGCCAUCUGUGCCUUGGGGCAGCUUGAGGCACAUAUGGGGAAAUUUAGUGAUGCAGAGGAGACAUUGACGAAGGCAUUGAAUAAGGCAGAACAACAUUUUGGUUCUCGGCAUCCCAAGGUUGGUGUAGUUUUAACCUGUCUGGCUCUCAUGUUUCGGCAAAAAGCAGUACAAGAGCGUUCAAGUUCUCUUUUAAUACAGGAGGGACUUUAUAGGAGGACAAUAGAUUUGUUGAAAGCCCCACCACUGGACUCUGAAGGCAAUGUAACAAUGGGAAGUUCAAGUAGAAGGGAUGUUGUUGCCCUUGCACGAGGUGGGUAUGCUGAAACACUUUGUGUUCAACAGAACAGGGAGAGAGAAGGAGAAAGGAUGAAAAGGUGGGCAGAGGCAGCAUGGAAGAACAAUCGCUUUUCACUAACUGAGGCACUGAAAACCUCAGAAUCCUCCAACAAAUUGCCAGUCAUAGAUGCUCGAAUUGGUAGAGUCGUGUAGUCUCUCUUUUGCCAGGGGCACCAGCAGUUCAAUGUCAGUUAAUAGUACAUCAGAAGGAUCUGCCAGAAUGUUCUGACAGUAAAUGCACCCUUUGUUCGCAAGAGGCAAAAAAACAGAUUUUCAAGUAGUACGCCACAGCUAGCUAUGUGUGGACUCGCCCUGGAGGCAUGACUUUGUGGUGCUAUGUAGCACUUUGUGUUGUAUCGACUUGUAGAUCAUCUCUGUUUGUUGCACAAUCCCUUUGCAAACAAGUUAUGUUGGCUAGAGCCUAGAGGAUUAUGGAGUUUGCAAUAAUGCGAGAAAAUCUCUCUCCUCUUCCCCUUCCCCUACUCUUGACAAGUCAACCAUUUCACAUAUUUAAUAUGAACGUUGUGAGAGAAAUCACAAUGCUUAUUUUGCUGAUGUAAGGUUAUUAAACUGUCAAGGUUAUAAUCAUUGUCAGAUUCAUCUGGAA